AUGCAAGAAAGCGGCGCCGGCGGCGGCCCUGACGUAACCCUAACCAUGGCCAACUGCCUCAUGCUUCUCUCCCAAGCCACCACCAACCGAUACGACGUCGGCGGCGUCAACUUCAACUCCACCUCUCCCGACCCGAGCCGCGUCUUCGAGUGCAAAACCUGCAACCGCCAGUUCCCUUCUUUUCAAGCCCUCGGCGGCCACCGCGCCAGCCACAAGAAGCGUAGCCCCGCCUCACCCGGCAGCUGCUACGACGUCGUUUCAUCGUCGUCAUCGGCCAAGCCGAAGACCCACGAGUGCUCCAUCUGCGGGCUGGAGUUCUCCAUCGGCCAGGCCCUCGGCGGGCACAUGAGGAGGCACCGUGGCGGCUCACGCGCCGGAGGGUCGUCGUCGGAGAGCUACGAGAGUCGUGGUGCUCCGCCGCGGAAGAGAGGUAGGGUUUUGAUGAUGGUGGGGUUGGAUCUGAACUUGACGCCGUAUGAGAAUGAUGCGAGGAUGUUUGAGCUUGGCAAGGCGGGAGCUAAUAAUUAUUCUCCCAUGGUGGAUUGUUUUUAUUGA